AUGCAAAAAUCGGUAUCUCAAAAUCCGAAAGUACGCGUUUUUUUUAAUAAUCUGUCUGCAAUACCAGCUUUUUUCUCUAAUUCCUCCCACCGAUGUGAUGUACUACAAGAAAUAACACAUAGAAAAUUGCCUAGAGUGGCAACAACCAGAUGGAAUUAUAAUAUUCGCACCGUGAAUACUGUUUAUGAAGAUCGCGAAGAAUUAAUUGAGGUUUUUCAAGAAAUUGAGCAGAAAUGUGAGAAAAGUGUGACGUCAAAUGAAGCUUCCGGUUUAAGGAAAGCAUUAGAGGAUCCAGAAUUCUUAUUCUGGCUUACCCUUUUUCACAAAAUUAUGCCGCACGUGGACAUACUUUAUAAUCAGCUCCAGUCAAAAAGUAAGGAUAGUGUGUCAUUGCAAAAGGAUCUGUCGAUAUUUGAAUCAAGCAUUGCCAAAAUAAGAAACGACACUGAUAAUAUUAAGGCUAAUGUAGAAUUAAACUUUGAAAGUGUCAAAAGAAGAAGAACUGACGAUAACUUGAGAAGUAUUAUUGCAAAAGAGGUAUGUGAUACAGUUGUUACCCAAGCGAAGGACAGAUUUUCCUAUCGAGGUCAUCUUCAAGCAGCUAACUUGUUCGAUAAAGAAGCGUAUCCAAAAUAUAACAAGACCUUUCCAGUGGAUAUUUUAGAUAAUGUAGUUACUUUUUAUCCAAUGUUAUGUAAAAUUAGAUUAAGAACUGAACCAGAAGUCAUUUACUCAAGACCAGAUUUCUCACAAAAUAUUGGAGCUAUGAACUUGCUUUCAUUUAUUUUAGAAAAUAAUCUUGGCGAAACAUUUGCCGAAACAAUAAAAUUAUUAAAUAUCAUUGUGACGACCCCAAUGACAACUGCAGAGGCCGAUCGCAAUUUUUCCACCCUUAAGCGAAUAAAAAGCUUCCUGCGAAGUACUAUGCUUAAUGAAAGACUUAAUGCUUUAGCCAUGAUGUCCAUCAAUAGAAAUUUAGUGAUGGAAAUAAACAAUUUUGAUGAAAAAGUAAUGGAAAGGUUUAUAAAUAUGAAAGACCGUCGAGCAGAUUUUACUUUUAAGAAGUAG